GUUAUGUUUAUUUCUGUUAACGUUGGUUAACGUAAGAAAGCAUUGUCAAGUGUAAAAAUAUUUAGAGUUUGUAUAAAUUAAUUACAAUCAUAAAAUCAUAAGAUAUGGGAUCGAAUAAAAGACAUAAGACUGAUAAAAAUAAAGAUGUGAAAAAGAAGAGGCAUCGUAGUCGUUCAAGAUCUUAUUCUCCAGAACCAGAAAAAGUGGAUAAACAUAGACAUCACAAAAAACAUAAAAGAAAAGAUCGUAAAGAUUAUGAUAGUGAUGUUGAGAUUGUUAGUACACCUCCACCACCACCAAAGAUAUCAAAGAAUCAUGAUGUUACACCGCCUCCACCAGAAAUAUCGAAACCACGAAGUCCUUCGCCGUCUAAAGGAGGAGGUUCCCAAGAAUCUAUUUCAAUUGAAGAAACUAAUAGGUUAAGAGCAAAACUUGGAUUAAAACCUCUGGAGGUAAAUUCAACUUCUUCUAAGGAUGAACCAAAUAAAAUCAAAGAUGAUUUAGGAGAAUUUUAUCAUAAACCAGCGCAAAAUACAACAGAAACUGUAAGAAAUGAAAAAAUGCGGGAUAAACUGAAUACUUUGAAACAAAAAAGACAGAUUGAAUCGAAUUUGUCAAAACUUAAAUCAUUAGGGGAUGAUGAUUCCGAUGAUGAUGCUAGCACGUGGGUAGAAAAAAAUCGACGAUUGGCAGAAGAGAAGAAAAAGGCUGAAGAAAGAGCUAAACUACUGGAUCAACUUGAUGAAGAGUUUGGCAUUGGUAACCUCGUCAAAGAAGAAGUUAGGAAUGAAAGACAUACUGCAUAUACUAAUAAAGAUCUUAAAGGUUUAAAAGUGGAACAUGAUCUUGAAAAUUUUACCGAAGGACAAACGGUUAUUCUAACUUUAGAAGAUAAAGAGGUAUUAGAUGAAAGUCAAGAUGUUCUGGUUAAUGUCAAUAUGAAAGAUAAUGAACACUAUAAACAAAAUAUACUUAAUAAAACUAAAAAACCUGGCUACGAUGCAUAUGAUGAAGAUAAUUAUGAUGAAUUUGGAUUUUCGAAAGGUAAAAUACUUGAGAAAUAUGAUGAAGAAAUUGAGGGAAAGAAAAAAGAAAGCUUUGUUUUGGGUGUCACAAAUACUAAAGAAAUACAUCAACGUCGUGUAGAAAUUGUUAAACAAAAAUUAGCAAAUAAGAAGCUAGAAAGUUUAAUACUAAGUGAGCCUAAGCUUGCUAGUGAAUAUUAUAAUGAUGAGGAGCUUGCGAAAUUUAAAAAACCAAAAAAGAAAGUGAGAAAAUUGAGAAAAAAUAAAAUUUUAAAAGCAGAUGAUCUUGUACCUGAUAAUACAGAUUAUUUGAGAGAUUUAGGAAGUAGAAGACGAAAAAAGCAUGAAGAAACUAAAGUAAAAGAAGAACCAAAUGAUAUGUUAGAUGUUGCUGAUUACGAAACACCAUCAGAAGAUUUUACAAAUAUAAAAAUUGAAGAAGAUGAAAAAGAUCUUGAACUUUAUUUGGCAUCAAAAAGAAUUAAGAGUCUACAAAAAGCUGAACCAAGUGUCAAUGAAGUUAUAAAUGAAAUUAAAAAUGAAGCACCAAAUACUGAGGAUAAUUUAACAGGUUACAUAACAUUGAAUGCAACUGCAGAAUUUUGUAGAACGCUUGGAGACAUUCCUACCUACGGCUUAGCAGGUAAUCGAGAAGAUAAUGAUCGAGAAAUGAUGGAUUUUGAAUUGGAACAGUCCAAGGAAGAAGUAAUGGACCAUGAAGAUGAAGAUGAUGGUCGUGGCGCUUGGAAUACGGUUAAAUUAGAUGAACAAGUACGAGAACCAGUUGCUUUAGAAGCUGCUAUUCUUGAUGCUGAACCAUCUCUUGGUCAAGGUCUUGCAGGAGCCUUAAAACUUGCGAUGAGUAAAGGAUACUUACAAAAAGAAGACACUAACAGACCUUCUGCUAGUCGUUUUGCACAUCUUCAGGCUCAAAAUUACUCUAUCGAAGACAAAACUUAUGGAGAUGAUGACAAAUUUGGUCGAAGAGAUAGGUUUAAUGGGCCGACAACAGAAUUCAAGGAAAAAGAAGGAUUUAAACCUAAUGUCAAGUUAGAAUAUAUUGAUGAUGAUGGCCAUGUUCUGAGUGCGAAAGAAGCUUUUAGAUAUUUAUCUCAUAAAUUUCAUGGGAAAGGUCCAGGAAAAAAUAAAGUAGAAAAAAGAAUGAAAAAAGCUGAACAGGAAAUUUUAAUGAAGAGAAUGUCAUCAACUGACACACCUUUAGGAACAUUGAAUCUUCUUCAGGCUAAACAGAAAGAAACUCAAUCCCCUUACAUUGUCCUUAGCGGAAGUAAACAAAUGCAGACCACAACAAUAUCGAAGUCAAAGCAUUAAAUUUUAAUGGAAUCUAAAAAUAAAUUAUAAAUUCUUAUUUUUGGAUUAUAUAUAAAUUACUUGUAUCAUCAAUCUUGUUCUACAGAAACCACAUCAUCAUAAAUUCCAAAUAAUAAUUUAAAUAUAGUUUGAUAAAAAAACAGCUCGAAAUUAAAACUGAUUGAUUAAUUGAUGAAAAUUUGUU